GCUACCGUGACCGGCAAUAAGUGUAUCUAUUGACCCUAAAUCUAUUACGUAUCUAAUCAACCAUAGCACACAGCAACAUUCUAUCCUUACUCGUUUCAUUAAGACUACUUUUCUCCAGUCAGUUCUGUUACCAACGUUUGCGGCUGUGUUUCAGUGUCACAGAAUGACGGUUUGUCUACCAUUCAUGCCUACACAGCUGAUCUUGUCACAAGUGUGAAAUGUGGUUUGUGCUCCUGAUCUUCCAAGAUCAUAACAUUAUUUCGUGAAAAGUAUGUGGUUAUACGUAGUUUACUAAUUAAUGUGUGUUAUAUAAAUAUUUAUAGCCUAUGUGUUCAAUUUAAUUCUGAACUGAUAAAAGACUGCCGGAGAAAUGAGUGCGAAAGAUAAGGACAACAAAACUUUUCACGAGAAAUUCAAACAGUUUUUCCGAAUAAACAAAGGUGGAACAGGUAACAUCAAAGGCAGAGUGGAUUUUGCCUUGACUCAAGACAUUGAAAGAGACCUUAGUCCUGAAACCCCAUUAAAUCAUCGCACGAAGGUUAUGAAGGAACUGAGUGAGGCCGUUCUUAAGAACCGUCUUGAGGAUAAUUCAAUAGAAAAGUUAUGGGCAUGUCUUCAAGAUUUGUUACACCGUGAAGUUUCAAAAGAACAUCGCCACCUUGCUUUUUCCUUUUUCCGUUGUCUUAUUCAGGGACAGUAUGACAAACUAGGGCUUAUGAGGGCUCACUUCUUUCAAGUCAUUAAGACACAUGAUCAUCCAGAAGAUGUAGCACCAAGAUUUGAGCUGUUGCAAAGUCUGACAGAAAAUGGGAAAGACAUUCUGUACUUUGAGGAAGAGGUGGGACCUUUCCUCCUUCACUGGAUGCCAGCUGUAACUGGUGUUGCUCGCACAAAGGAAUUCCUCUCAAUGCUUGUAAAUGUCAUCAAGUUUAAUGCGGCAUAUGUUGAUGAGGAUGUUAUUUCUGGUCUUGUUCAGAAUACAUGUUUCCUUUGCUCUUAUAUGAACUCAGAGGAAGUGGUGCUGACAUGCCUCCAGGUGCUGGAUACAGUUGUCUGUUACAGUACGUUGCCUUCUGACUCUCUCCAUACAUUCAUCAGUGCCCUUUGUCGGACUGUCAAUGUAGAAGCUUACUGUCAGAGCAGCUGGAAGGUGAUGCGUAACUUACUAGGAACUCACAUGGGUCACUCUGCAUUGUACACCAUGUGUCGGAUACUUGAAGAUCCAGGAGCUGCACAUGAUGUGUGCUUGUUACGUGGAGCUGUGUUUCAUGUCAAUAUGGGUCUGUGGGGUACCAAAAGGGUCACAAGACUGAAGUGUACUUUUUCUUCAGUCCUACCUUCAUUUCUCUCUGCACUGGAGAGAAAUCAUUCAGUUGUUACAUAUGAAGUGAUGUUGAGUAUUCAGCGCCUAGUAAACAAGUAUGGUGUGGAGCUCCAGGAUCCAGCUUGGGAUCUAGUACUGUCCAUCACUGAAGCUAUCAUCAAAUACAUAGGAACAAAUUCUCAUACAAACCAGAUGUCAUUAAUAGAAAGUCACCUUCAUGACACAAUAUGCACCAUUGAGCAGCAAAUUGAACAGGGUCAGUUUAAUGGCUCAGUGUGCAGAGUGUAUGAACUGAUAGAGAGGUGUUCUUCAUCCCGACCAGAGGCAUCUGUUUUGCGUUUGGUGAACUACUUGGCAGCUUCCAUUGUUCCAACACAUUCACUAUGGCUCAGCAAACUGAAUUCAUUACUUGAAAAGUACUUCAUUAGAGAGACUAGGACGAACAUCAGAGUGAGAGUGCUUGAUAUCCUUUCAAAUGUCAUCCACUCCAACAGAGCCAUAUACGAAGAUGAUCUGAUAGAGAGGAUUGUAAUACCCAGUCUACAACACAUUGAUAUUGACUCAAAUAUCAUAGUGAGAAAUGCAGCAUCACAGUUGAUGGUUGACCUGUGUGUAGAAUGUGAGAACAAGAGGUGUCUUGAGCUCAUGGAUAUCCUUGAAAAGAUUUUAUAUAGACCUUACGAGCAGUUCACUGUGGAUGGAACUACAAUGGUGAAUGAGGUGGAAGUUCUGGAUGUGAAGACUGUUGUGACAGGACUCAUUAAAAUCUUCAAAGAGAAGUUAUAUCAGCUUCCAUCUUCCCAUGCCAUCAAAGCGUACCGCUUAUUAGUGAAUCAUUUGGAAUUACAUUACCAAAAACCUGCUGUAUUUGAAAAUACUAGCAGUAUCAGAUACACAAUAUUUGAAUGCCUACUGCAGAUUCGAGCCAACUCGCUGUAUCAUUUGGGCAUUCCAAAGCCCAAUUCAUCGGUGUUGCAUUUCAGCCCAUAUCUUGCAGUAGACCAUAAAGAAGGGGAGCGAGCAGGAGGAAGUGCAUCUCCACCACCAAUGAGCCCUGCUCCAUCUUCAUAUCUACCAUGUGUGGUCACUCACCUUUCUCUCACCCAUGCGUGUAAAGCUGUCAUCACUUGUCUCAAGCAAGAAAAAGACUGGAAGGUUCUGCAUCUGAUGCUUCAGGAGGUUCCUCAAGUGAUGCAGAACAAGGCUCUAAUCCUAUCUCGACAUGGCAAUGAUAUUGACUAUUUGGCAGCUGCACUUUGCUCUAUGGUUAGUGAUAAAUCCUUGGGGCUGCCUGACACCCUUCGUAAUACUCCACCAAAGCUGACACGUUCAGAGUUCCAUGGCUAUGUGUUUCCUGUUUUGGCAUCACUAGCAUCUUACCAUGCAUACCUAGAACCCAGCCUUCAGCAACGGCUAAUUAAAUGCCUGGAAUUUGGUCUUGUGUCACGGUGUGCACGCCAAUGUGUGAUGGCGCUUACCACAUGCACACUUGAAAUGAAGGAUGCCAUGUACAAGCUACUUCCUGAAGUUCUGCUUAAUCUUUCCAAGAUCUCUGCCACAGUCCAUAUUGCAAUUCCUAUUUUGGAAUUCUUGUCAACGCUCACCAGGUUACCUAAGGUGUUUGCCAGCUUUGUGGGGGACCAGUAUAUGUCUGUGUUCGCAAUAUCUCUCCCAUACACAAAUCCAUUUAAAUACAAUCACUACACUGUGUCACUGGCUCACCACGUUAUAGCUGUUUGGUUCCUUAAAUGCCGACUGCCAUUUCGCCGAGAUUUUGUCAAGUUCAUUAUAACAGGUUUGAAAGCGAAUGUCCUUGUUCCUUUUGAAGAGGGCCAAAUUAUGAAGAUGGAUCUAAUAAAUGAAGAUUCAUCAAAUCGAAAACGCAGCUCAAGCCUGACGGAGCAGGGUAGCCGCCGAAGUGUGAGAACAGUAGGAGGGGGAGGACGAAUUGAUACCCGUGGAGCUGUGGAUCUGAAACCCCCUAUUGAUGAAGCAUUGAUGACAUUCCAUGUAGAACUUACAGAGACAUGUAUCGACCUCAUGGCAAGAUACACCUUUUCUACAUGUUCAGUAGUACCAAAGAGGCUUCCCACAGCUGACUUCUUACUGAGUGGAGGCCAAUCCAUGACCUGGCUGCUAGGCAACAAGCUUAUUAAGGUCACAACUAGUGGUUGCAGCAUGAAAGCCCUCAAGAAUGGGUUGUGUGAUAAGUGCUGGCUAUUGUGCAGACCAGACAAAGAACUCAUAUCACCUGAGAGUAGCACUGAUCAGGAUGUACACGCUUCUCGACGCCGUCACAAAUCUGCUGUGCAGCGUAGUGUAAGCAGCGAUGUGACACCAUUGGCCGUAAACACAAGCAAAGAUGACCUGAACAUGCUCACAACUCGACUGAGCCAACAGUUUUCAGCAGAGCCACCUCCCCCAUUGACACGGAAUCCUGUACAAAUUGUAACCAGUUCAGCUACUACAAGCUUCUCCACUCCAGCAACAGCUGCUGCCACAGCAACCAACUCCCCAAGUGAUGAUGGAAAAAAGGCUUUUGGUCUGCAGGAGGCUCAUGAACCAGAGCCAUAUAAGCUGGAUCAACUCCUGUUUGGCUCAAAGGAGCCAGAACAUCAAGAGAAGCAGUUCUGUGCAUGUUGGUGCCAAGGAUGGGCAGAGAUUUAUGUACGACGACCAACAGGUGACAUGUCAUGGGUAAUGCGCAUCCAGAACCAAAGUCACUACCUGACAUCACCUCUGGAUUUCCCUCUCACCGACAUCACAACUCUGUUCAUGCCUUCUCUAUCAAGCAGAAAAGAGCAGCAGUUUGAGGACUUUGUGUGUGGACACACUAGGAUCAACAGUGAAAACCUUGCUGAAAGUGAAUAUGAUGCUAUUCUAGAUCAUCAUUUUGAAGAGAACGUUGACAUGUCACCUAGUUCGCGUACAGUGAUUUCUGACAUGGUACCAGCGCUGAUCCCAGCAUCUCCAUCAAAGCGCAGUCCAUCACGACAAAGUUCUCAUGAGAGUACAGAAAUAGUAAAUCCAAUCUUUGAUGAUGAGGAACCAGAUACUGAAGAUUCAACAGGCAAGUUACGUAACCCUGUUCGGCGAUCAAACUCUAGUCCAGAGAUGAGUGCGAACUGGAAGAAUCCAUUCUUGAAUCGUGACAAAGAAAAGAAAGAAGCAAAACAGGAGAGAGAUGGACAGACUGAUGUGGAAGGGAAAGCAGAUGGGCUGUCAGAGAAUAAGAAAACCACCAAGCAGACUUACUCAAAGGACCCAAGGGUCAGUUGUGAAGCAAUCCCAGAGGAAAUAUCUGGUUUGGGAACUACACCUCCUGCUGGUGAUUCAGAAGAAAAUAAGGACAUGGAAGCAUCAUCUCAUCCCCAGCUUUUACCUUGUCAUUCAUAUCCUGGAACUGGAAUUAUACAAUCUCCCCUACAGCAACCUGCUGCGACCAGGACUGUUCCACAGUCACCAACAAGUGUGGUAUCGCCUGUGUCAAGUUUAGGUACUUCGCUUAGAACAACUCCAGUUCAGUCUCCAGCUACUGCUACAACUGCCAACACUGUUGCUAGUGCUGCCGCUAGCAUUAUUCAGCAACCCAUUGUAACAUCUCGUCCACCACAGUCUCCUUUGCUUCAGACACGAAGUGCUAUGACAACUGAAAUCGGAAAACCUCAAGUUACAGAUGUCAAAUCCCCAGCUGAUCCUCCACGAACUGCAACAAGAGAACAGAAAUCACCAAUAGGAAUUGAACAUAGUAAUAAAGGAUUGUCUCGACAACAAUUAAUUUCUCAGUCUGUUGCUCAAGCUUCCAUAACAGUGGCAGAGAAGGGUGGUUCAGAUAAAGAGGACGCACAGCGUCCAGACCCUUCUGCUCUGCCCCCAUUAGCCUUUAAGAGAGACCGUGGUCAUACAAUUUCAGUCAUGUCUCCAGUACGGAAACCUCGAAUUGACUGGAAUUCUGUUCGCAAGGACAGCUCACCUAGAAGCAAGGAUGCUCCUCGCUCUGGCAUCAGUCCCAGUUUUGUAUUCCUUCAGCUUUAUCACACUGCACACUUUGGCAGUACUUCAGAGAAGCCAUUGCUGGUACCACAAAGCCUGGCAAUUGAGCGUGCAGUUAAGAACUUAGAUAGAAUUCCACCAUAUGAGACUCAUAAGGUUGGAGUCAUAUAUGUGGGACCAGGACAGGCAAGGAAUGAGGCAGAAAUUCUUCGUAAUCAGUUUGGAUCCCUGCGGUAUGCUGAAUUUUUACAGAGGCUGGGGACUCUCAUCAAAUUGAAGGAUGCAGAUCCUCAGAAUAUCUUCCUAGGAGGUCUUGACAGUAAUGGAAAUGAUGGAAAAUUUGCUUACAUUUGGCAAGAUGAUGUCACACAGGUGACUUUCCAUGUGGCAACAUUAAUGCCAACAAAAGAGACUGAUCCUUCAUGUAAUGGUAAGAAGUUACACAUUGGCAAUGAUUAUGUUAUCAUUGUCUACAAUGAAAGUGGUGAGGAAUAUAAUAUACAGACUGUGAAGUGCCAAUUUAACCAUGCUUGUGUGGUAAUUCAACCACUGGACCAUAGUACAAACCGGGUGAUAGUGAAGACACGAGAAGAUCUGUCAGAACACAUUGGCCAUAGUGAACCCAAGAUUGUUUCAGACCAGAACCUAGCCAUCUUGGCCAGGCAGUUAGCCCUACAUGCAAAUUUAGCUUCAAUGAUAUCACGCAGCCUGAAAGCUCAGGGACAAGAUCCAUAUGCAUCGAACUGGUUGGAACGUCUACGACAAAUCAAACGGCUACGUACCAAAGUGCUGCAAGAGACAGCAACAGCAGCCACAAGUGAUAGCAGCACAACAGAUAGUGAGCUUUUGACAUCUCCACGUUCUGCAAGGAGAGUUCACAUGGAUGAUUUCACAGAAUACACAUAAACAUUAAUGCAGCUAAGAUAUAUAGGUUUACAAAAAACACAUUAAAAUUAAGUACAGUUGGUACUAAAAUAUGAAUGUAUGAUUCUGGAGUGAAAACUCAUCCAUGGGGAGCUAAGAAUGCUCUCUUAACAAAUCAGCUGCAGAACAUAUGCAACUACAUGGCAGAAAUAUUUUAAACAAGAAAUAGAGGGAUUGAUUCUUUUGUCGUUUCUGCAUUUAUUUUGGUAAUGAAGAUAAGUAACAGAGACAGUUAUUUGAACUUUAGCUGGCAAUCUUAUUUUGAAUUUCAGUUCUGUAGCUUUGCUGUUUGAUGAGAUUCUGCACAGCAUAUGGUUUUCGUAUCCUGGUUGGUCAUCCUUAUCUGAUAAGAUAUAUAUGCUCAUGUAUUGUGCUUAUAUAAGAAGGAUAGAAGUUUACCUUUACAUUAGAUGAGUGGUUGUAAGUAGGAAAAAGGUAAAGAAGCAGAGAGUAACUACAAGAAAUAUGAAGGUAAAAGGUUAAUACAGAGUGCAGAUAAAUGAAUUGUGCAAAAGAGAAAUUUAAUAAAUAUGUAGAACACUGUA